AUGGGAAUUAGCUUAGCUGGGAAUGGGAAGCAGAUAUACAGAUAUCAUUGUGGAUUGGCUUCAACUGGGGUUUGUUGCGGGAGAGCCCGGAUCGUGGGAGUGGCUCUAGAGCUUUAUUACAGCAAGAUUUCGGAAAUGCCCAUGGAUUCCAAGAUUGAAUUUUACGAGUUUUUCGGAAUAUGGGUUGGUGAGUUUGGUAAUAAUUAUGAUCAAACCGGAAUUGAUAAUCUUCAAGAUGGUCAAAAUAAGAAUAGAAAUAGCAGGGGAGGGAGGAUCAAUCUGCCAUGGGAGUUGUUACAACCGAUUUUGAGAUUUCUGGGGCAUUGUUUGAUGGGUCCUGAACAAGUUGAAAACAAGGAAUUACGCGAGGCUGCAUCCAAUGCUUGCAGGGCUCUGUAUUCGAGGUCUUUGCAUGACAUAAAUUCCAAAUCUAUUUUAGUAACUGGUAGCCUUCUUAAACUGGUAAAAAUGAGUGAGGAAUUGACUGAUAGUUUUGAUCACACUGAGAUUGCUCAAACUAAUGUUAUUAGCCUUUAA